AUGCUAUUGCCCGAGGUGAAGGACGUAGAUGGGCGUUUGACUGGCUUUCUCCAUAUCGAUCUUCUUUCUCUUAUGGCCAUAGGCAGCUUGGCUCUGCACAACAUGCUGCUAAUAUUCUGUUUUGUGCUCAUUCCAGAAAUUUCUUAUGGACAAAUGGAAGGGCAGAUGGGUCAACGCAUUCAAAAUGGUGGAUUUCAGCAACACGUAGUCCCUCAGUGCCCAAGAGAGUGGCAAUGGCCUUGCAGAAAUGGGGAAUGCAUUCCAAGUUACGAUAUUUGUGAUGGAAUCGCACAGUGUGCAGAUGAGAGUGAUGAAUGGAAUUGUAACCAGAUGAGGAUGAAUCAAAUGCCUAAGUGGAACAAUUAUGGUAACGUUGUCAAUCGGUACCCCUCACAAGACACUAAGCAAGAAGUGAACAAACUCACUCAAAGUUCAGUCGUAGCAACCACAGUAACGACAACUACCACUAACAGCAGCGCAAACUCUUAUGUCACGUUGUCUAAGAAAGACAUAACUGUAUCUUUGCUCAUUUUUAUGUGCUUGGCUGCUUGCGUAUUCAUGGUUAUUCGAAGGCGAGCCAGAAGACGUGCGUUGAAUAGAAAUCGCCGAGGAUUUGUAUCGAGAGAUGAUUCAGAUGAAGACGAUCUUUUGAUUCGUUCCAUGUAUUCAUGA